AUGUCAUAUGACCACGACGCACGCGCCACGCUUCCACCGAGUGAACAGAACAGGAGUUAACAUGGCAUUUGUGUGCGAUGAUCGGACCGGUACUUUAAUUCUGUACUUUCUGUAUCUGUUUUUCAUUCCCGUCGUCGAGGCAUUUGAUGGAGGAGAUGCUGUUGCGUUGCUUUUGGGAGUGACUAUAUCAAUUGUGGGGUUCUGCGCGUGCAUCGGAUGGUACGCACGCAGGAGAAACGGGCAGUUCUGAUAAACAAACCCUCACGAGGGCUUUGUGGCAUCCUGCCUGGCCCGCAUUUGGAACUAUGUCCUUGCACCCAUCCUUCACGAUUUUGGAUAAUCAUUUCGUUUCGAAUAACUCCUGACAGAGUGACAAAAUGACUGACAAGAAACGUGCCUUAUCGGAUAACGUAAGAUACGUUGACUAUAUAGGGUCUCACACUGUGGCGUCGAACACAAACAGGAAGUUUGGAAAAAGGAACUAUGCACGAACACCGAACACACUGAACCGCUCUACGGAACCAAGCGAAAAAACCCUGUCACAAACCGUAUGGGCUUACGCGAUCGUGAGCUUAAAAAUGUAGGCUUAUUACCCCACCUAAUUGUAGCAUUACAUGAUCAUAGCAAACGUGUCACUGGAUGGUUAUCUUCUAAAUGUGUGUUAACUUGUCUAACUGAAUGUUUGGCGAUAUAGCCUAUUACUGCAGAAGCACAAUGGAACUGAAAUACUCUAUUUUCCAUCCUUCAGGCCUAAUUAGGCCUAACAUAUAGGCGAAUGCUUUCUAUGAAUAAUAAAUUAUAGCUUUGAUGUUCAUUAGA